UUCAUUCGCUGCUUGCUGCAGAAAAUCCGACAAGUUUCACACCACAAGUCAAGUGUAUUUUUUCGCUCCCAAAAAUAAGGAUUUUCUCAUCAAUUAUUAUUCAUUACAAAUAGAAAACUAAAAUCAUAUUUAUUUUGAUUCGAAAGUGCCGAGAAUGUUAAGUGAAUUAUGAAGCGAAAGUAAACCCCCAAAAACCUCGCGCAAUAAUUCGCGAAACACUCCGAAAAAAUAAAAAAAGCAAUAUUUCCAAGUAGUGCCAUCAAUAGAUCUACAACAUACCUAUCUACCUAAAAUAAGUUUUAAGUUAUGUAUUAAGUGAAGAAUAACCCACCGCAGCAGCAGCAGCAGAAGCACAGGAAGGAGCACAUCACAUAAUAUAAUUAGAUCGAGUGUUUGUUUCUAUUAAAAAAAAAAAUUGAUCCAUUGCAUUGUGAGAACAAACACUUAGUUUAAGUGCAUUUUCCAUUUCAAUUAAUUGAAAUAAAAUAUAAUAAAACGGAACACAAUCCAAAUCUAGACUAAAUAAACAUAAAGGUUUCCGCUUCAAUGAGCAUCACAUUACAAUGGUCGUAUCGUCCGAAACAAAGACCAGAAGCACCCCCACCAACCUCACCAACACCGCCACUAAGACCACUACGAUUCCUAUCCCAGCCAACAAAUCCACAAACAAUCCCCAUUAUGGAUUCUCGACCAAGGCAGCGCUGGCCCGACUUCACGAUGAAAUCUUGCAAGUUGUCCUUUGCUAUGAAUCCAAGUACAAUCAGGAGAGCUUAUUUCGGAAAAUCCGGUCGGCAUUCGUUAAGCGCUACGACAGCCCUUUGGGAUGGUUCGCCAUAGUCACCUCAAUUAUCACAACCAUCGGUCUAUUUGUAGCUGAAGUCUAUGUAGCUGGUAUAUUGCUAGCUCUUAUUUUGACAUUUGAUCUCUUCCUUGUUGUGAGAGAAAAUAACUUGCGACGAACUGAAAUCUUUCGAAAAACAAGAAAAGUUCUCUACGAAAUCAAAUUGGCCGAAGAGGAACUGUGUGCCGAAUGGGAACCAAAGAACUAUCCACAUGUCUGUUGUCCUAUUUCGCCUUGUGUUUCUCUACAAUGGACAUAUCGGGAUGGUGUGAUUGUCAAUCUUCCAUGGGCAUUGCUGGUUAAAGGUGAUCAUAUUGUAUUACGGCCGGGGCACACAGCACCUGGACCAUGUUGUGAGUUAGAUGGUAAAAAAACAUUUAAGACCAAUGACGUCUAUGGAGUAGCACAGUUUCAAGAGCCCCCUCUAAAGCCAGUAGCUAAAACACCUUUGCCCGAUUUAAUAUGCUGCCUUGAGAACACUCCAUUUUUGGACAAUCUUAAAAUCAUUCUAGAAGAAUCAUUGAAACGUCCACCAACUAUUUACAAUCAACAACGAUAUUUGCUUGCCACCAAGUACAUCCAACAAUGGGGCUUUAUACUCAGUGCUGCCGUCACAUUCUUAGCAGGUAUUCUGAGGUUUUACGAUUUGGGAUUAGGAGAGAACCCCAACCAUAAUUGGAAAAAUUUCUUCGUUGAAUCACCUGUAGCUGCACUCAUACCGCUUCUUCCAUUGUUCUUUCCCAUAAUGUGGAUCGCAAUGAAUUUAUGGGGUGUAGCGCGUUUACAAGCAUUCCUUCGAACACCACAACUGCUUAUAGCCAAAGACUCUGAAAAAUCCUACGAAGGUGAUCUCGACACACCCACAUAUGACUACGAAAAUAUAUCCCUGCUGCGAUCUAACGUCUUCCGUAUUUGGUUGCAAUUAUGGAAUGGAGAAAGUGAACUUCUACCCCGAAGUGCGAAUGUUGUGCAAGUGCUCGGAUCAAUUACAGCUCUGUGCUGUGUCGACAAGAAGGGAAUUCUAUCGUGGCCAAAUCCCACAGCCGAAAAAGUAUUCUUCCUCCAUGACACUGAAGAUGAUCCUACAGAUGUUGAGCAGUCAAGUGUUGAAUCAGAUAGUAUUCAUAACAAUCCCGAAAAUAAAAACGGUGGAAUUGUGGCAGAGGUGUUGGACCUAACACACGAUCAACAUUGCCCAUUUCGAUUAGAAUUUGACGACCAUGAAUGGAAAGCACAUAUUAAAUCAUUAAAACCUUUAGGCUUAGCAAUUCUCUUAAAUACAUGCAGUCCACCAACACAUGCACACUAUGGACAGUUUUGUGGACAUGUUACUGCCGUUGCUAUGUUGGAUAAAGAUCUUGUCCCUGUCACAAAUCGGUAUGCGAUCGUUGAGUCCAGUUUGAAUUCCCUUUUGCAUGGACGUUGCCUUUGUGAGUUGGCAAAACAAAUCGGAUUCACUGAACAUGCCUGUGAUCGUUUCUCUUUGGAAGGACAAUUGGCAACCUAUAGACAUUUGCAACCAGAUGUAGUGCGUCGUGAUAUACGCUUUGCUCGACAACUCCAACUUACUUCCAAAGUAAAGGUACCUUUUCCGCAUUCAUUAUCGGUGGUAAUGCGUGAAAAUCCCGGAGGCUAUUUAUCGCUCUUCACACAAGGCACUGCCGAUAUAAUUCUGGAUUACUGUGAUGAUUUUUGGGAUGGCAAGGACUUGCGAACACUUAGCCAACAUGAUCGGAAGCGAGCUCAGGACUUCUAUCAGCGUAGUGCUCUGACAGCAUACUGCACAGCGUUCGCCUAUCGUCCCUUGCGUCAUGGCAUCAUCGGAGCUCUGAGUGGUUCACAAAAUGAUAAUAUCGCUUACCUAGAACUGCCGCCAGAGUCGAAGUAUCGGAUGGCACAUGUAGACAAGUCGCACUGUGAUUUCGAAGGGCACACCAAAUUAAGCCACUCGAUCAGUACGGACUCGUUGCUAUUCUCCGAAACUAAAGACGAUCACGAUAUCAACGAUGUGAACGGCUGUUUCGAGAUGCAGUGCCAUCAGGUUUUCAUUGGUAUGGUGACCAUGCAGUAUCAGGCGCAGACGGACAUUGUGCAGUUGGUGGAGCAGCUGGAACGGGCGUGUAUACGUUUUGUUCAUUUUAGUAAAGAGAAUGAGCUGCGAUCGAGAGUGUUUUCCGAGAAGAUGGGUCUAGAAUCGGGUUGGAAUUGUCACAUAUCAUUAUUAAGCGAAGAUCCCAAUCAAUCGACUCCGCAUUCACCCAAGAAUUCUGGUAAAUUUGAGUUCACCGUUAAUUCAGUGAAAAAGAAUACCGAGGAACGCCUAUCUGGAGGUACCACCGAACUCAAUCACCUUUUGCAGCCUUUGAAUUUGGAAUCUUCAAAAGCACUUAGUUCAUCAGCACCCGGGGCUAUUUCUAACCAGGACUAUAAUAUGUUAAAUUUGAAUUCGGAUCGUGGGUCCAAUGAGUCGAUUAACAUGGAUGUCUCUGGUGAAAAUCAACGAUCACAAGACUCUGCAAUGGACGAACCUGGACGUUCGAUGAGUAUUUUGACUGAUAGCACUGAACAGAGUGCUCCUAUUCACUUUGACAUGUCGAAUCGAGCCAAACUGCCGCGAGGAAUCGAAAAUAUUCGCCCCCAUUUGGAACAAGUUGACAAUGUUCCUCUACAAGUUUCUCUCUUUACUGAUUGUUCGGCAGAGGCUACGCGUGAGAUGCUAAGUAUAAUGCAGUCGUAUGGAGAAAUUGUCGUUUGUCUGGGUUCCAGUGCAAGCAAUGCCAACGCCGAAAUAUUCCUCCAGGCCGAUUGUAGUAUUGCCGUGGAGCCUCUUUAUCCACAAGUCUGUCAGUCAAUAGACGCCUUCACUGAAACCAAUAUCCUAAAUAACAAACUCAGACUGAUGAAACUGAAGAACUUUUCAAGUAGCAACCUAUCUAAGCAACAGCAUUCUGCGUCCCUGGAGCUGUUAGAGGGCGCCGAUGCACGUCCCAUGCAGUCACAGGGACACACUGUGUCACCGAUCUAUAUCAGUAGAUUGCUCAACUCACUGCCAUGUUCGAUAUCAGUGAGUCGAGACGAUCCACUGUCGACGGUGGCUCUGAUAGAAUUGUCAAGAAGAUUCUCAUCUGGAUUAUGGAAUUGUAUACAAUAUUGGGCAUGCUGUGCUGGAACCAUAUCAGUUAUAAAUAUUCUAAGUGCCUGUCUAUCGCUGCCAGCUAUCCUGACACCGUUAACUGUUAUUUAUUUGAUGUGUUUCCCAAUACCGAUGAUAUCAGUGUCGCUGGCGCACAUAGAUGCCGACUCGAAAACUAUGAACCGCGCAACGGCCAAAAAACAAACAGAAUACGAUUCCAAGGUGUUUGGUUUUGUUCUCUGGUGCUAUGGAUGCAAGUUUAUUACACCGGUUUUGAUUAUUGUUCUCGGAUUUUGUACAUUUACUGCGCAUCCUUACGAAAUAGUGGACAUUGACGAAGAGAAGAAUCACAUUCAUUUAGAAAUCGCUCGCAUUUUCUCCCUUUUGGGAAUAAUUUUACACUUUGUGAUAAUAUCCGCCUCAUUUGUACAUCGUGAUCACUCCAUCUGGCGGAAGAACCCAUUUAAAAAUCGCAUCUGGAGUCUUAGUAUUUCAUCAGUUAUCAUAUUGCACGUACUGAUUUGUGUCCUUCAAUUGAUUACAAGUGGUAAUCUCAUAGACGAGGUUUUAGCAGUAUGGCCAGUUAUUGUAUUUACUUGUGGUGGUUGUUUACUUAGUUUUGCAGUGACAGAAAUUUGCAAGUGGCAAGAAAUUAAAGUCAACACGAGAUAUCAACGAAGAGCAAGAUUAGAUUUUGGAACAAAGCUUGGAAUGAAUUCACCUUUUUAGAAUACAGAAUAGAGCUUAACAAAAAAGACGUUACAUUUUAUGAAUUCAAUGUUUUUGUCUUAAACUAUGACUACAAACUUUUCGUGCAAAUUGUAUUUAAAAUGUCUACAAAAAUACAAGAGACAAAGUGUUGUUUUGAUUGUUUUUAUUUAUCUAACUCGAUUGUAUUAAUUGUAUUUCACUAUUAAGCUAUUUUUAUAUAAUUUUGUAAAAAACCAACAAAAAAAGAAAACAGUUUAAUUUAUUUAAAUCUUUAUUUUUUUAGUAGUAUUAAAGAAAGCCAAAAAAAGUAACAGUGAAAUGCUAAACUAA